AUGUUUGACAGGUUUGUCCGGGUUUUCCAGCAUGUUUGGGAAAAAGAAGAGAGGCUAGAGAUUUCGGCUCCGUCUAACUUCGAGCACCGGGUCCACACUGGUUUCGACGAGCGGGAGCAGAAGUUCACAGGUCUGCAGCAAUGGCAGAGUCUCCUGGCAGACACAGCACACAGACCCAAGCCCAUGGUAGACCCCUCCUAUAUCACACCCAUACAGCUGGCUCCUAUGAAGACCAUCGUUCGAGGGAACCGGCCCCCGAAGGACACGUCCAUCAAUGGUCUCCUGGAGGAGUUCGACAGCAUCUCUGUGACACGUUCCAACUCCCUGCGUAAAGAGAGCCCUACGGGCCCCCACCAGGCCGGGUCCGGGGCCCCCAAACCCCCUUCCCACCACCCUCCACACCCCCACCCCAACGCCCCGGAGGAGAACGGCUUCAGCCACUACUACUCCCGCUACUCCUGUGACCUGGACACCUCCAGUAGGGACUUCUCUCUGGAGCCCUACAGGAAGGACGGUAAAGGCUUCGCUCUAGAUGGGGACUGGGCCGUGGGGAGACACUACCGCUUCCCCAAACAGAACGGCCACCUCACCCACGCCACCCGCGUUCCCUUCUACCCCGACGCCAUGCCUCAGAAGACCGAUUACGCCAAGCUGCCUCCGGACUACCACACGUACUUGGAGAGCAAGGUGGCGGGGGCGCGCUUGGCCGACGAGGUGGGAUCUGGGUCCGGGGUGGGAAGCGCAGGGGGGUCUGCCGGGUCCACGACAGGGGGGUACUACCGGGCGUCCGUAGGCGGUUCGUCCAGUCAGGACUACCGGGAUGCGUCGAUGGUGGGGACACCGUCGCGAGCCUCGCUGCACAGCGAGCAAAUCAACUACCCAGAUAGCGAGUGGAGCUACAGCGGCAUGUCCAGAGACGAGUACGAGAAGAGGCCCAAGUCGUCGUACGUGAUGCAGACCAGCCCCACGCCGGCCAUCAGACAGCGCUCCAGGUCGGGGUCCGGCCUCCAGGAGCCCAACGUGCCCUACGGGGCCAGCGGGGCCUUUAAGAGUCCCCCUCAGACACACCCCUACAGCUCCUACACUUACCCACGCCUUUCAGAGACUCUCACCAACUCACAGGCCAUGGCCAAGGUACUUACGAAACCAGUCGUCUUGGACGGGAGUCCCCAGGUCCCAGGGUCUGACACGUACCCCCGCGGGCCCCUCAAACUACCUCAGAGUCACAACAAGCCCUCUGGCUACCCCCCCGGACUCCAGUACCCCCCUGUGUUCCACCACUACAAACCCUCCCCCUACCACCACCCACCCUCACAGCCCAGCCCGCCAUACACCCCACAGGGGGCAUACUCCCAGCCAUCGUCCCCCUACAUCCCCCCGGGGGCCUACCCCCCUCCCUCCUGGGGCUCCAGUUCAGAUGCCCAGCCCUCCAGGGUCUCCCACGAACAGUUCAGGGCUGCCUUGCAGCUCGUCGUCAACCCAGGUGACCCCAGGGAGUACCUGGAGAGUUUCAUAAAGAUUGGCGAGGGCUCGACGGGCAUCGUGUGCAUCGCCAGCGAGAAGCAUAGUGGCAAGCAGGUGGCCGUCAAGAAGAUGGACUUGAGGAAACAGCAGAGGAGAGAACUGCUCUUCAAUGAGGUGGUGAUCAUGAGGGACUAUCACCAUGAGAACGUGGUUGACAUGUACAACAGCUACCUGGUUGGAGACGAGCUCUGGGUCGUUAUGGAGUUCCUGGAGGGCGGGGCCCUGACGGACAUUGUCACUCACACGAGGAUGAACGAGGAGCAGAUAGCCACAGUGUGUGUGUCGGUGUUGAGGGCUCUGUCGUACCUCCACACGCAGGGAGUCAUCCACCGAGACAUCAAGAGUGAUUCUAUCCUCCUCACCAGCGACGGACGGAUCAAGCUGUCAGACUUUGGCUUCUGCGCCCAAGUGUCCAAAGAGGUGCCCAAGAGGAAGUCUCUGGUGGGCACGCCCUAUUGGAUGGCACCAGAGGUCAUCUCACGGUUACCCUACGGCACAGAGGUGGAUAUCUGGUCGUUGGGCAUCAUGGUGAUAGAGAUGAUCGAUGGGGAACCCCCGUACUUUAACGAACCCCCUCUACAGGCCAUGAGGAGGAUACGAGACAACCUGCCCCCACGGCUAAAGGAGUCACACAAGGUAUCAUCGGUUAUGAGGGCCUUCCUCGACCUGAUGUUGGUUCGAGAGCCGUCUCAGCGAGCCACCGCCCAGGAGCUGCUCCAGCACCCCUUCCUCAAGCUCUCGGGCCCCCCAUCUUGCAUCGUCCCCCUAAUGAGGCACUACCGCCACCGCUGACCUGACCUCCCGCCACCAGGGCGGCGCCACACACCCUGCCAAACAAACACCCACAUGACCUGAGAGACUACGCCACUAAAACAAACACUCACACCUGUAACCGAGAAGUAGUUUAGCUAGAGGAAUUAUUUACAAAGAAAAGAUGAAAGGAAAACAUGAUAUUUUCUAUUUUAAAAAUACUAUAUAAAGUUCAACACUGGAGCAUAGGGGACUGUACUGUAGGAGUCUCUUCUUCAGUCUUCUGUGGCAGGCUUAUUGCUUAUACGGGCGCCAAAUGCUAACAAAUGCUAGCCUCUUGGUUCGUACUCUUUGGCUUCACUAGGCUGUUAGACCAGUAGAGAUCUGUAGGGUGGGUCGUCCCAGUGCAGUUUCCUCUCUUACUAGGCUGUCUGUGAGUCCUGUAGAGUUAUACUGUAGUAGCCAUCGACUAGAGAGUAGACGGUGUGCAGUGAUCAGCUGACACUGCCUGGCUGGCAGUCGUGUUGAGGGACCUAUGAGACACGCCCACCGCCCCAGACAUGAGCAGUAGAUCUCAGAGCAAUCAGGAAGCAGCAUUUGGUGUUGACGAGUAUUUGGUGAUGUCUGAGUGGGAGCGGUGUGGAUGUGUCUUAGUCUGGCUAGAAGACAGGCUGUUCUCCUAUUGGUGGAAUAAAAACAUCGCUCUCUUCACUUCUCUUUUCUCACACUAACAGUGAAAAUGUAUUUUAGAGAAAUAUGUAAGUUUUUCUGUACAGUUUUGAUAAUUUGCAGUAUUUUAUUGUGUCGUGACCAUUGUGAUAUGGGCAGUAUUACAUAGAAAUCAGAGUUUCUGCGAAGAUCUUUCCUACUGUUUAUAAUAAUAAUCCAUUUUUUCAUUAAGAAUUUAACCCCUAACUGUUACAAAAAUGAACAAGAAUAUAUUUAUUAUCCCACAUUUGUGGACAGAACCUCCAUUGAGUGUGGAAAAAAGGGUUAGGCCAGAAUUUUGUAUGCUGUUUUAAAGUAUUUAUUUAUUUUUUUGAAUUGAAAGGUUUAUUUUUUGGUAGUGUGGCCUUUCUUUUUGUUUUACGUUUCUAAAUAUCAACAGCCAGACAAACAGUGAUGUAGGUUAUAUCAUACAAGCAAUACCCCAAGCAUAUCCAUCAUCGCCAUCAUUUAUUAAUCUUUAUAAAAAUGUCAUUUUUACAAAUCCCACGUAGCACUGUUUGAGUGGAACGAUAAGAGAAGAUAUCAGUUUAUUUGAAAAAGAGACCGUUUUCUUUACCCAUCAUGACACUCCUAUAAAUUCAAUGGACACUCAUACAAGACUCCUAUAGCAAUAUCUGAGCUUCUCAGUCUGACACACACAAUGAUAAAAGGUCUGGUUUUCUACUCUCACACAUCCUGGCUGUCAUCUGUUCCUUAUCUCUCUCUCUCUCUCUCUCUCUCUCUCUCUCUCUC